CAGGAUCAGCUUGUGUCUGUAGUUAAUAGCUGUAACUUUUGCUAACAGAGUCACAGCUUGUUUUUAUCAGACGUGUUUUGCAGCAACGUGUUUCCCGCUCAGCACCACGUUCAGCUCGUCACAGAGGGAACAUGAAGAGAGCCAGAGGAGGCGUCAUGGACCACGCUGCCAGCCCCGCUGGCUGCCGCAGGAAAGUGGGCCGACCGAAAUGUAAGAGGGGGGUCAGCGUCUCCAUUGACCUGCAAGACAAGGACCUGGCUCCCAGGAUAAAGGUACAGAGCCGGUUCAGAGACCUCAUCAACAACCUGCAGCCAGUUCCACACCUGAGGGAAGUGGCUCCCAACGCCCAGCUCCCCCUGGUGGCCACCGACCUGGGGAAGGAGAAAGCCAGCCAAAUGUCUGCUGGUUGCACCGCUUUUGAUCCCAUCGCUAUGGCUAUGCAUCUUUUUUCCUUCAUGGAUCUCCACCAACUAGAAGACGAGGAGAACUGGGGCACAGCUCAAUGCCAGCUGAAACCGGAUGCUUGGCACACAUUGGCCAGGAGAGCAGAGUGCUGUUUCAAGACCGCACCCACCUUCCACUACAUGUGA